AUGCUUUGUCUACAGAGGAGGUCUCAAGUGAUAUUAGGACAUGUUGUACCCAAAAUUCUGACCAGAUUUAGAUCGGUGGAUGCUAUCAAAACACAGGAAAAUCUUAUAGAUGAUCUUGACACAGAAAUUGCAGAUAAUGUGUUUGAAGGUGAAGAUGACAAAUUAAUAUUUAAUGAGAAAGAGUUUGAAACAUCAGUUCCAUUGGAGUAUAGUAAAGAAUUUGAAUCUAGAGAUUAUUUGAAAAAUUUAUUGGUUCAUAGAAUACAAAGUCAUAGUUACAAGGAAACUGAUUCAUACAUCAAAGAAUUAUCUAAAAGAAGUUCAACGGUAACGAAAACAAUUCAUAAGAUUGAAAAAGGCACUGCUAUACCGACUAUUUCUAAGACUAAAUAUGAUUCAAUGAAGAGAACUUAUAAAGAUAUCAAAGAUAAAUCAGUACCUUUCUCAGAUAUCAUUCAGGUAAGAGAUUCCAUUGAACCAAAUGGGAAUCAAAUUUUAAAUGUUAAUUCUAUAUUCAAACAAAAUGUUGAUCAUGAGAUUAUACCAUCGUCUAAUGCUGAAUUUUAUAAAACAAUAUAUACUUUCAAUGGAAAAAAACAGAAGUCCUCCACCAAAUCCAAAUUGUCUCCAUUUUUAAAAUCUUUAAUAGAAGAUAUUAAAAAGAAUUUUUUACUUGAAUCAAAUUUUGGUUCAUCAAAAAUUUAUAAAACAAAAAGAAAAAUAACUGAAGACUACUUAAAUGAUUUGAACAAUAAAAGAAUUAAACAUCCAACCCUUAGGUUUGAUGAUAUUUUCAAUGAAUUAGCUGAAGUUUUAAGAAUAGUUAAUUCUGGUAAAGUUACAUUAAUAGGUAUAGAUUGUGAAUUUAAUCCUUUUGGAGAACCUAAACAAAUAGGAAUUGCUAUAUAUCAUCCACCUGGAAGUACAUCAAUUUUUCCAGAUAUUAAAAGUUUUCAUAUCAUAAUAGAGGAAGACCAUAUUCAUCAUAAUUCAGGUAUUGGUCAAUCAUGUUGUACAUUCUUAGCAGGAAAUUCCUUAAUUUUGAAAAGAAAAGAAGCAAUAAAGUUGUUGAAUGUCUUUAUUGAGAUAUAUUUCCAAAAUAAUAGUAAAUCAAAAAGUCAAAAUCAUCAAGGUGCUGCAUUUGUUUGUCAUGGUUACGAAUACGAUUUUGAAGGAUUAACGAAGAUGGGUGUGAGUUUCCCUGAAAAACUUACAAUUAUUGAUACUCAUCAACUAUAUGUAUGCUCACACGGGAUUAAGGCAUCAGGUACUUCAACAUUAAGUUCAAUUAAUAAGAGAUUCAACUUAUUACAAAGUUUUGCACAUAAUGCAGGUAAUGAUGCUUAUUAUUCUUUAAUGUUAUUACUAAGAUUAUCAGAUCCGGCUUUCAGAAAAGCACAAAAAUUAGAUGAUUUUAUUGAAGAUUAUAAGUACGAACAUCAAUGGACAGUUGAUUCACUCAAAAUGAAAGAAAUGGGAUUUUUCCCCAAAGUUUUCGAAGAAAGAGAUCCUAUUCAAUGGAACAUUUAUGAAUUUUCACCCCCCAAAGAGAUGGAUGAUGCCGAAGAUGCCAUAAAAUUUGCAUUCAAUAGACAAUACAAAACAUAA